AGACCAAAAGUAAGUUUUUGCCAAAGUUUCGUGGCACGCCAGAGCAAUUGUUGAACUUCUGGGGGGCAGGCAGUUUCGACUAUUCACUCCAUAAACCACCGACUUUCCCAACGAUGCCAACUACUGCGUCGUUUUGAUUUUGACACCGCUUUUCCUUCUUUGAGCUCCAAGUUUGCGUUUGGCGCCGUACAAAAAUCCUCGGGCAUUGACCUGUUUUCUGGGCAAAUAAACCUCUACUGAACUUAUCUCAUUGCUGUAUCAGGAUUGUUUACGUAUCUGAUGUAAACAUACUUGCAUAUUAUCUAUAAAUUGCCUAUUUCUCAAAAAAAAAAAAAGAAAAUCCUUGGGCAUUGAAAGACUCUGGAAUACCUUUCUAUACCCUAAAUGCCCUCACCCCGUUGCUCUGUUUACCGUUCCCAACCUGGAAUCUAAAACCCUGCGCCUGUAUAAAAAGCAAACCCUUCUUUUUCUGUAAUCCCAGCCAAAUCUCCAGUCGUAAUCUCUCUGGUGAGUAACGUCAUCUUUCCGAGGUUUGAUGGGGGACUAUUUGAGGACUUCUAUUCCCGUCGUCUUAUUCGACGGCGAGACAGAGACAAGCAUCGGAAACUUCGUGCUUCAACCGUCUAUGGGUUUCAGGAAACUCCAAUACAUCCUAUGCCGCGUGAUCGGUAUCGCGCCUCACCAGUUCUCCAUCCUUUACGCCGGCGUUAGAAACCACUACCGGAGAUGCCCCGUCACUAACAAGAUCAAUUUGUGGGAGAUUUCUCGCGACGAGGAUGGAUACUUGAUUGUGGCGUUGAGGCAAACGCGGCGCCAGAGAAGAGGAAAGGAUCGGGCUGAGUGGUACAACUACGUGAACGGGGCAGUAUUGUUUCCACGAAGGAGGGAACAGCCGGCGGACGCUCUGCUGUUGAGGAGAGACGCCAAUGGGUACAACAACAUCAUGCCGGACGGGGAAUAUGAGGAAUUCGAUGAAUUUAGGAGGUGGAUGGAGGAUUUGCUGGAUCUGAGACAGUGGAUUUUGGGAUGGCAGAUGGAGGCGGACGGCUUCGGCUGCGAGGAGUGUGAGAGAGCUUAUGCGAGUGGAGAUGCCGGGUUUCACCCGUGCGUCAAUGACGCUGUGAUUACCGGGUUUAGGUCGACGGCCGGUCCAAUUGCCCGACCCGCAUAAUGCUCCGGCUAAAGGCAAGGCUAAACCGUCCGUUUGUAUGUUGGGUUUUAUUUAGAUUGAGCCCCUUUACAAUGGAUAAUAAUUCAGUUUAGUCCACAAAAUCAAUGAUGAUAGAGAAUGGUAUACGGGAAUAGAAACGUGACGAAUGGUACUACAAUAAUGGAAGAAGGGCAAG